AGAAGACGUGCAGGUUUACGGGUCGUUUGCAUAGUAAAUAAGAUCACCUGGGACCCCUGGUUCCUACCAUUACCACAGUAAAUAAAAUCUGAAUUGGUCAGUUUCUUCACAGUGCACCAUUCCAAACCACUCUGAGUCAAUAUAUUUAUGUCUGAACGACAAAUUAUGCCAAAAUUUUGAGAAGUUGGCGAUUGGUGGAAUUCCCCUUUAACACGGUGAGGCUGUGAGUGAGUUUGCCACACUUUUAAUGGCAGAAUACGGUGGACGGUGUUAGUUAGUUGUCCCAUAUUAUGCCUGAAGGCCCUGAAACCGACGGGCAGGCAGCGCUCUCCUGGCUUCCUCAUCAAACGAGCAGUUAUAUAUUCUCUCAAGUUAUUUAAAAUACAGCGAUUUAAACAUAUUCGUCCAGCUUUAAAAUCUUCGACUGCCUCAAUCAGAAGAUUGUGAACAUCCACGCGGUUUGAGGCAGACGCUUUCUUCCUGGCUAAAGCUAACUGCUAUAACUGCUAUCCAGUCGCAGCUACAGAUGUUCUUGUGUAUUCUCCGGGCAUUUAAAGUCAUUUUAAUUUGCUGGUGAUUUAAAAAAACGAAGCAGUUUGUUAUCAGCUGGCUGGUGGGAGUCAUUUUUGUAGUCCAUUUGCUGUUACUAGAGGCGCCAAUGAGUCAUGUCCGGCAUUGCUCUGAGUAGGCUGUCUCAGGAGCGCAAAGCCUGGAGGAAAGAUCACCCGUUUGGCUUUGUUGCUGUACCAACCAAGAACCCAGAUGGCACUAUGAAUCUGAUGAACUGGGAGUGUGCCAUCCCGGGAAAGAAAGGGACCCUUUGGGAAGGAGGCUUGUACAAACUGAGAAUGCUCUUCAAGGAUGACUACCCAUCAUCCCCUCCUAAAUGUAAGUUUGAGCCUCCGAUUUUCCAUCCGAAUGUCUACCCAUCAGGCACAGUCUGUCUGUCCAUACUGGAGGAGGAGAAGGACUGGAGACCAGCCAUCACCAUCAAACAGAUUUUGCUGGGCAUCCAGGAGCUGCUGAAUGAACCCAACAUACAGGACCCAGCACAGGCUGAAGCUUACACCAUCUACUGUCAGAAUAGGAUGGACUAUGAGAAGCGAGUGAGGGCUCAAGCCAAAAGAUUUGCCCCAACAUAGAGCUUUGCAUCCACGGGGUACAACUUGGACUCUGCAGUAAGAUGCAGCAAAUCUGUGUUCUGCUUAUAGAAUUGGAGCAUCAAUCCCCAUUCUGUUCACAAAAGGUUUGAGAACUUCUUAAAUUUAUGAUCUGGUUUUACAUUCUGAGUUGCAUUUGGAUUUCUUCAGUCUGGCUUGAGGACAAGCCUGAAUAUGAACUGAAGUCAGUACACAAUACAGACUUUGAAGCUGUUUAAAUAAGCAGUGUCUCCUACAACGUGGGCAGCAACGGUUUUAUUAUUUUGUUCAACAGCCACUAGUAAAGUUGCCAGUGGAUCAUAUCUUGAAUGGAUAACACCAACAAACGUGGAAGGAGUUGCUGUAGGCAGCUGGUCUUGUAUAUAAUUGCUAUGGUUUUUUUAUUUGAUGGUUGACAUCAGGAUUUAAUUUCAGAGAGGUUUGAGAUCAGCUGUCAGUGGGCCACCAGCGGAAGAGAUAUCAUAGGAGGAGUUCGUGUGUAAAUAUAUAAAUAUUGAGAUUUGUUUACUCUAAAGAUAUAUUAAAUGACAUGAAUAUACAUUAUGUGUGACCACAAUAAAUAUGACAAAUGUA